AUGCCUGGCAAGAAGCGACCUGCCGUUGACGAUGGCGACUCGUCCGAGGGCGAGAUCAACGUGGAACAGGUGAUCAAAACCAAGGCGGAGCUGGACGAGAUCCGCAAGGACCGUGACAAGAAGCGAGCCCAGAUACAGGCGGACCUGGACAAGAAGCUCGAGGGCGUGCGCACCCGCAUCGAGCAGACCGCGCAGGCUCACAUCCGCCAGCUCGCCGACGUCUACGGGCAGCAGGUGGAGGAGCUCUUCCACGCCACGAGGGAGAGGGACAGCAUCCUGCAGCAGAUCAAGGCGAAGCUGUCCGAGCUGCAGGAGAGGGCCUGUGACCUCGACUUGUCGCUCCAUGAGGCCUACGCGUACAGGAUGAAGAAGCUCGAGGGCGUCACCAUGCCUAUGGUGGACCGGCCGGCCCAGAACAAUAUUGGGGCCAAGGCGGAUGGGGCCUGAGUGGAGGACGUUCUCGUUGAGAGAUUGGCGGCUGCGGUUGGAACUGCGCGAUGAGUCGGCGGUGCUGUGGUUUUCUGAUGGGAAGGCGUUCGGACGUCGUGAUGCCGGGGAGCUGGUUGGCGCAUGUGGCUUUUUGAUGAUACCCUUUGCUUGUUAUGAUCAGUCAACGCCAAAUGUGGAAACAUGAUACCGUUAAAAUUAUUCUUUCUUA